UUGUCUCCAAGACCCAGUGCGAACGAAGCCUUGGUGCACCUGGCAUGUCGUCUGCACGAAGCUGCCCACCCUCCAGAAUGAUGUAACUUAUUACUUGAUAGUGGGGCAGCUACUCCAAGGCAUUGCGCGCACGUGCGUACAACUAGGCUUGGAAGCGGAAUGACCUCGAAGCCUCUGGAUCGUCACAGCGCGGAGCCGUUUGAAGCUAGGCAUGCUGCCCGUUGACAAAAAAAUAUACCAUGUCGCUCCACGCCCGCGCCUUUGCUCUCAUGUACGCCGCACCCGUAGCGUUAUGACUGCCGCGACGAAGAAAUCAUCGCCUCGUCCGGGCGAGAGAGAGAUAGUCCUAGACCAACCAAGAUACACCCAUUACUCACCGUUUCGACGCGACUGAACACGAUGCCGCCCAAGAAGACCACCACGGGAGACGACAGUCCACCCAGAAGAGCCUCGCACUCGCGCGACUCGUCGAAUGCGAGCACCCGUCAUGCCCACACUCCAGCAACGCCCAGCCAACUGCGACAGGCUCAUGUUCCCUCGGACAGAUCUAGCUCCCCCGAAGAACUCAUGCAUCACCAACGCUACCGCGACGACGAGCCGCAACCCUCGAGCAGCGACCCUUCGCGCCAUCUCGACAUCUCUGCCGACGGCAUCCUGCCAGCUGCCGAAACCCUCUCUGUCCAUUCCACACACGAAAAUGUCGGUCCGCAAGGUGGCAUAAUAGAGGUCGAUCUCGAGCCGACAGUACGCACGCGUUUGCUUAACCACCAGAACUGGGAUGCCGCGUCAGGCUGCGGGGAUAGCAAUUGCAAUCAUGGCACCACGUCACCGCGGCCGGCCAUGGGACGCAACUAUGGGAGCUUUGCCGGAAGCUUAAACUCGGAGCAGAGUUAUGGUGCCUACCCGGGCAUCACAGAGACAGUCGAGGGAGACGCGCCAGAUGCGACGCAUGCGCUGCUGGGCGACGCCUUCGCGGAUGGCCUCAUCAACAGCGGGAACGGGCAGAAGAUGAGCACUACCCGGUGGCUUGCUGAGCGCCACGGCAUCAAGAACAAGCGCUUGAUGUACCUACAAUACUACAUACCCGUGCUCAACUGGACCAAGCAGUACAAAUGGCGCUACUUCAAGGGCGACCUGAUCGCCGCAGUCACCAUGGCGUCCUUCUACAUCCCCAUGGCGCUUUCGUACGCCUCCAACCUCGCCCAUGUCCCGCCAGUCAACGGCCUGUACAGUUUCGCUCUCAACCCUCUCAUCUACGCCAUCCUAGGCACUUGUCCGCAGAUGAUUGUAGGGCCCGAGGCGCCUGGCUCUCUUCUGAUCGGCGAGAUUGUGCGCGACAACAUCAAGAAAGGCACGACGGGAGACAACGAUGGCAGGCGAAACGCUGAAAUUGCUGGAAUCGUGACGUGCAUGGCUGGAGCAUUCAUCCUCGUUGCAGGACUCUUCCGCCUAGGCUUUCUCGACAACGUGCUGAGUCGGCCAUUUUUGAGAGGAUUUAUUAGCGCGAUUGGUGUCGUCAUCUUCGUGGACCAAUUGAUCCCAGAGAUGGGCCUGGCAAGGCUGGCCGCUGACCAGGUCUCUCACGGAAGCUGUCUCGACAAGGUCGUCUUCCUAUUCCAGAACAUUGGCCGUGCACAUGGACUUACCGCCGCCAUGUCGUUUACUGCCUUUGCCAUCAUCAUGUUCUUCAGAGAGUUCAAGAAGAGGCUACAGCCGCGGUAUCCCACAGUCGCCUACAUACCUGACCGGUUCGUGGUUGUCGUCCUUUCUGCAGUCCUCACCUGGAGGUAUCGUCUUGACCAGCAAGGCCUCGCAGUUCUCGGAGACGUAAACACAAGCGGCAAGCUCUUCUCCGUCCACUUUCCGUUCGAGACUUCGCAUCUCAAGUACGCAUCAGACGCCCUCAACACCGCCCUCAUCAUUGCUCUACUGGGCUUCUUCGAAUCCUCUGUAGCAGCAAAGUCUCUCGGCAGCGGCGACCACACCAAAGAUGGCGUCCAUAUGCCUCUUAGCGCAAAUCGCGAACUCAUCGCACUAGGAACCGCCAACAUCACUGGCGGUUUGUUCAUGGCGCUCCCGGCGUUCGGUGGUUAUGGCCGCUCCAAAGUCAACGCAUCAACUGGCGGCAUGACACCCAUGAGCUCUGUCCUGCUCUCCCUCAUCACCAUCCUCUGCACAGUGUUCCUUCUGCCUUACUUUUACUACCUGCCUAAAGGCGUCCUCUGUGCCAUGGUAUCAGUCGUUGCAUACUCGCUUGUCGAGGAAGCACCACACGAUAUCAAGUUCUUCCUACGCAUACGCGGAUGGUCUGAGCUCAUCCUCAUGGGCCUCAUCUUCGUCAUCACCAUUGUCUGGGACCUCAAGCGCGGUAUCGGCGUGGGCAUCGGGUUGUCCAUUCUGCGCCUUAUCCGCCACUCUGUCCGUCCGCGCAUCCAGAUCCUAGGCAGAGUUCCGGGUACAACGAACCAGUUCGCGAAUGCCGAAAUGGACUCGGCAAGCGUAGAGUUUAUCGAGGGAUGUCUCAUCGUGAAGAUCCCCGAGCCGUUGACAUUUGCAAACACGGGCAACCUGAAGACACGACUCAAGAGGCUUGAAGAUCAUGGUACAGACAAAGCCCAUCCCGCACUCCCACGCGUCCGCCGCGCAGAACACAAUAAGAACGUGAUUUUCGACGUGCACGGCGUUACUUCGCUAGAUGGCGCUGGCGCACAAGUACUCGCCGAGAUUGUCGAGUCGUACCGCAAACGCGAUGUGAGGGUCUUCUUUUGCAGAGUGCCCGGCGAGAGGAGCCAGGUAUACGAGCUAUUCGACAAGAGCGGCAUUGUGGACAUGUGCGGGGGACCGCGACACUUUGUCAACAGCGUCGAGGAGGCGCUGAGGAUGACGGAGCUGGAACGGUUGACGGAGGAGUUUGGCAGUGAGGCGGGUAGUUCGAGGGCGGUUAGUAGUGGCUUUGCCUGAGCUUGAGGUGGACUUGCAUGAGUUGCAAGUGUGAGUGUAUGUUUAUACGUCGAGCAUUUAGCGAAUAGUACGCAUUGUUUGACGGGCGUUCUGGGCCGGCAAUUUUGAAAGUAAAUUUAGCAUACGAGAAACCCUCCACGGAAAAGGAAAUUUUGGUCUUACACCCCGAGCAUAUUAUACCGUGGAUCAUCAUGCAUACUUUCAGGUCACGUAGUGAGGACAGAGUGUGAGGGC